GCAAACAAGAUCCUGUGCCACCAUGUGUUUGGUUCCUCCUCUUUUCUUGGCGGAAUCUUUAAGAUUUUGUUGACAGUGAGACCAACCAAAGAUUUUCCCAACAAUAAACAAAACCAACCUUUUUUAUUUAUUUCUUUCUUUGCUCAAAAUCUUAUCUAUUUAUCUAUUUAUGUGAUCAAGAAACACUCUUUCUCAAGAUAGUAAGUAAGGAUAUUAAGGUCAAUGGGAAUUCUUAAUGAUGAUGCAGUUGUGAUUAAAGAAUCGGGAGACAACACUUUAAUCACUGUUAACUGUCCUGAUAAAACAGGCCUUGGCUGUGAUUUGUGUAGAAUUAUUCUUCUCUUUGGUCUUAGUAUUGCUAAAGGAGAUGUAUCGACAGAUGGGAAAUGGUGUUACUUGGUUUUCUGGGUGGUUGGAAAGCAAACAACCAGGUGGGAUUUAUUGAGAGAAAGGCUACUUAAGGUAUGCCCACCGUGCACCCCUGCAAUGUUGGAAAUGUUCUACUUCCUACCAGAGUUUCAGCAGCCAAAGCCACCUAAGGUUUUCCUAUUGAAGUUCUGGUGUACCUUUGAUCGAAAAGGCCUCUUACACGAUGUAACAAAAGUCCUCUGUGAGCUAGAGCUUACAGUUAAGCGAGUAAAAGUAUUUACAGCUCCAGAUGGGACAGUGAUGGACCUUCUGUUUGUCACUGAUACAAGAGAACUUCUUCAUACUAAAAACCGUCAGGAUGAAACGAAGAGUCAAUUGAACGCUAUUUUGGGAGAGAACAUGAUUAGUUUUGAGAUUGAACUGGCAGGCCAUGAGGUGAUUGCUACCCCUCAAGGAUCGGCAUUUUUGCCGCCUGCUAUCACAGAUGACAUGUUGGGUUUGGAAUUCGUCGGUACCCACAUGGACGGUGCACUCAUCUCAGACUGUGUGUCCAUUACAGUCGACAAUGACCUUAGUCCUUCACACACAGUCGUUCAUAUUGUUUGUCAAGAUCAUAAAGGCUUGAUCUAUGAUAUCAUGCGCACCUUAAAAGAUUACAACAUCCAGAUCUCAUAUGGACGAUUCUCUGCAAAACCGAAAGAAAGAUAUGAAGUCGACUUGUUUAUAAUGCAAGCAGAUGGAAGGAAGAUAGUUGACACCGAGAAGCAGAAUAUACUUUGUUCCCGUUUAAGAAUGGAGCUUGUUAGACCUCUACGAGUGGAAGUAACGAGCCGUGGUCCGGACACUGAGUUGUUUGUAGCUAAUCCGGCAGAGUUAGCAGGAAAAGGCCGGCCGCUUGUGUUUUAUGACAUCACACUUGCCAUAACAAGUCUCAACAUACGCAUCUUCUCGGUUGAGAUUGCAAGACACAAGAUUCACGAUAGAGAAUGGGAAGUCUAUCGGCUUCUACUUGAUGAAGGGGAUGUGGCUUUAGUGCCUAGGAGCAAGAUCAAAGAGUGUGUUGUCAAGAACUUAAUGGGAUGGUAAAAAGAGUUGAAGAUUGUACAUUAUUAUAGUUAGUCAUGAAUGAAUCGUUGGCUUUAUAACAUAAUUGUACGAGCCAAUGAUGCAUCCAUUUGUAGACUAUAAUAUACGUAAAUUGUACAGUAGAAGUUAGCAAUGCAUCAAGUGUAGAAAAAUAGAAUAUGCAGGGGAUACAAAUUUAACCCCAGUUGUCCGUGUGUAUAUAUAUAUAUAUAGUUAAGUUAAAGUUAAAAUA